GAAACGCGUCUGAAAACAGGUGAACAUGCGUUACAGCUCAUGCUAAUGCUAAUGCUAGGACAGAGCCAGCAGCUAGGCUAGUCCACUAGCAUCUCGGGUUAGCAGCUAGCUUCUAGCCUCCCGGUAAACGGUCGAGUUUACGAGUUCUCCGGUAGAACCGGUUCUGUCCGUCUCGGACCCGCGGGCUUGUCUGCGCGUGUUGCCGCCCGCUGACCUGUCGCGGUGCCGGUGUGUGUGGAGCUCGUGCUGCGGGUGUGUGUGAUCUGCUCGCGGGGCUCCGACAUGUUGCUGUGUCGGUGUGAUCAUAGUGAAUGUCAGACACAUGACCACCGGCGCUAGAGACACACACCGGACACACACCGGCCGUGAGCGGGACACACACCGGCCCCGCGGUCACAGCUCAGCCACUGACGCGUUCACAUCCCCCGGUAACGGCAGCUGUGAGUGGAGCCGGUAGCGGGCUGUGUCCGGCUCCCCUGGAACACGCCUCCCGCUACGGCUGGCACCGGGAACGUUUAACGGCACCGGGACAGCCGCCAUGUGUCGCUACCCGGCCGCCACAGGGCCUGCUUCAGCGGGUUCACCCGAACCCUCUGAACCACGUGAGGCUCCGGGACAUCUGGUCCUGCACCGGGACGGAGGCGGGAGAGACCCGGCACUCAGGGUGUCUGUCUGCGGUCAACCGACACACAGAGUCCCGGUUCAGCCCCGGUUCAUCUGACACACAGACCCUUACACUCACAACAUGACAACUUUUAACCGACGGAUUAAUUCUGUUCACUUGAUGUUGGUUCUCCGCACCGGUUAGCUGGUCCAGAUGUCGGAGGACCACCGGCACCAGCGGGCCGAAGCCUCCCGGCGGGGGGAUGGCGGUCUGGAGGCGGGGGAGGGCGACACGGAGCCCAGCAUGUUGCAGCAGAGACUGAAAAACAACAUCUCAAAGAGCGUUCAGACCAAAGUGGAUCAGAUCCUGCAAGACGUCCAGCGUUUCUCCGACAAUGACAAGCUGUACCUGUACCUCCAGUUGCCCUCGGGACCCGGCUCCGGAGACAAGAGUGUCGGGGACUCCAGCUCGUUCAACACAGCCGACCAGCUUCACACCUGUAACUGGAUCCGCAGUCACCUGGAGGAGCACUCGGACACCUGCCUGCCCAAACAGGACGUCUACGAGACGUACAAGAGAUACUGUGAGAACCUGCAGCAUCGACCUCUGAGCGCCGCCAACUUCGGGAAGAUCAUCAGAGACAUUUUCCCCAACAUCAAGGCCCGACGGCUCGGGGGCAGAGGACAAUCCAAAUACUGUUACAGCGGCAUCAGGAGGAAGACGGUGCUCAACAUGCCUCUGCUGCCAAACCUGGAUCUGAAGAACGACCCGGCGGAGCUGACGGAGCUAGUUCAGACCUACAAGCAGGAAGUGACAGAGGCGGCAUGUGAGCUGAUCUGCGAUUGGGCUCAGAAGAUCCUGAAGCGUUCCUUCGACACGGUGGUGGAGAUUGCUCGCUACCUGAUCCAGGAGCACAUUGUGAACCCUCGCUGCAGCCAGGCUGAGCUGGUCACGUCUGCAGCGCUCGCAGGAGGUCCAGCCAAACCCCACAAGGUCAUCAAGAAAGCUCCGGUUGUUUCGAAAGCUGAGUCGGACGGAGCCGCAGAUCAGAAGAGGGAGCCUGGAGAAUCGUCCUCACUGAAGCUGCCGUCUGGAGACAAAUCAUCCGCCACCAAGCCCUCCUCCCUGGACGCUCCGCCUCCUCCCUCCUCCUCCUCCUCUUCCUCCUCUUCCUCUCUGCGCCCUGCGGUGGAGGCGUUCAUGAAGCAGUUACCCAGAAUCCUCCCCCGUAGCUCCAUCCCCGAUAAAACCCAGCUCUCUGUCCGCUCGUCUCCGCCCUCUCUGGCGCCCAAGGACGCCUCAGGUGUCGGGGGGGUAUCUGGACCUGGAGGUCCGGCUGCUGCCGCUGGUGCCAGCGGGGUUGGGGUGAAGGUCAUUGCCAUGGCAACGUUGCCCCAGCAGCAAGGCGGCCCUGUCCCGGUGAUGAUCUUGCCUCAGGGCGUCCUGUCCUACGAGAGAGAGACGGUCGCCCCGCCCCCACCACCUCUCCCUCCUUCUCAGCCGCAAAACGUCCCAGCAGCCCCCACCUCUGUGGUCCAGAAGGCUCGAGGGAACGUCACCAAGCGCCCCCUGGAGGUGGGGACGUCCGCUGGUGCACCAGGCACGUGUGGUGGCUCUGCUGCCAACACUCAUCCAGUGAAACGGAAACGUGGCCGACCAAGGAAACCUAGACCAGAGGACGCGCUGCCUGCUCAGCCUCCUUGUGUUCUUCCUCCUCAGCCCCCACUCCAUGCACCUCCUUCCCACCCUCCCAUCAUCACCUCCCUGACCGGUGGUGUCAUCCAGAAAGCAUGCUCUUCCUCGUCCUCCUGCUCCUCACAGCCAGUACUGGAGCUGGUGAUCCAGGACCAGCCCGGCCUGGUUCUGAGUCAGCUGCCGGCGCUGUCGGAGCAGCGCGACGUGGUGAUACAGUGUCAGCCGCGGGGGGGGGCUGAGCCCGAACGCCACUGUCGACCGCUGCUGCUGCUCCAGGCUCCAGGGAAGCCCAGCUGGGAGCUGGCAGCAUCAGGACGGACGCCGAUGGUGGAGGUCAUCCAGAAGGCUCCAAGACCAAGCAAUAACAAGAGCAGCGCUUCUGUCCCCAUGGCCCACCUCCCCCACCUCCCCCCUCCUCCUCCCCUUUCCUUGCCCAUGCUACACGAGGCGGGGGGGGAGGUCGAAAUAAUGUUGACACCGGUGGAGCUGCACGUCAACCCGACGUUGCCUCUUCCCAGCUCCUCCUCCUCUGCUGCUCCCGCCCCCUCGCCGUCUAUCUCCUCCUCCAUGGGGGGGAGGGGCCAGGAGGAGGAGGGGGGGCGACGAGAGAGCAGCACCUCCUCAAAGAGAGAGGGACAUUAGCCCCUCCCUCUUUUCUCUUUAACAGCGCUCACUACGCUUUACCUCACCUGCAACUCUGCCCCCUGACCUCUCCUGCUCCUUAUUGGUGGAAAUCCCAGAUUGGCGACAGCAGAGAGCCAAUGAGGAUAGAUGAAGCCAACCCACUUUGUCUGUGUGUCUGUGUGUGUGUGUGUGUGUGUGUGUGUGUGUGUGUGUGUGUGUGUGUGUGUGUGUGUGUGUGUGUGUGUGUGUGUGUGUGUGUGUGUGUGUGUGUGUGUGUGUGUGUGUGUGUGUGUGUGUGUGUGUGUGUGUGUGUGUGUGUGUGUGUGUGUUCUUUCUCCCUGCCUCCUCUUUCUCUAAACGUCCUGGUUGAGGCCGUCUGCUGCUUCAGAUCACUGGAUUUAUAGAACAGAAAAGAAGCACAGAUGAGACGUGUGUUCCGUAUUGAGUGCGCCUCUAGGUGGCGUCGGUGAGCUGCAGUAGUAACUACGGGUUAGAAAUGAACUGGACGUUCAGCUCAGUUCAUUUGAUGUUUGAGACGUUCUCAGCUGCAGAGUUCCUCUAAUGUCUCCGAUUUCAGGGCAAUAAAACGUGUUUGUACACGUAGAGUGAAUGGAUGGAUGCUAGAGGACGAGAAGAUGAGAGGAUGAAAACGUGCAGCAGCAGAAAAGUUGGAGGUUUGAGUGAAUGUGACCUUUUUUGGGGGGGGCACUUUGAUUUCAUAACAUUUAAUUUGUUCAAUGAAAUUAUUUAUUUUAAAUAUAUUUAAAACAAACAAUCGCCACAUUUUUACAUUAAUGUGGAGGUGUGUUUUACACUCGUCUGGGAUUGGUCGGGCUAAGGAUCAUUUGAAUCACAGACUUUUUUUUAUCAUUAUAUAAAAUUCCACGGUCUCAGAUUUAAGUUUUGAAGUUUAUUGGAUGUAAACUGAGUAUUUUAGUUUUCUGUUUUAUUGUUUAAUUUUUUGAUCUCCAGCCAUGUUCGACAUUAGCACUUAAUAACACCGCUCCUCCAGCAGAGGUCGCUCUGAGGCAGUGGAAUGCUUUGGGAUCGCAGCGCAGCUAACCAGCGUUAGAAAAUAUUAUUUUUUUCAAAAAAACACGAUAAAAAUGAAAUCGUACUUUUACUACGGAAACUUUUUUUUCUGUUUUUUAAAUAAUUUCAUUCAAAGUCAACCUGAGCAACUUAAACAAACUUAAAACUGAUUGAUUAUCAGUAAAUUAAGGGUUAGGGUCUCUGUUUAUUGUAUUAUUACAGAGUCAUGUUGAUCUCAAUAGUUUAUUAUUCAGAUAAAUUAAAAGUUUGAAUUGUAAGAAAAUGGCGGAAAACUAAAACAGCAUUUAGAUAGGGUUAGGGUUAACCCAUUUUGCUUCAAAAUGAACUAAAAUAAUUUAUUUUUAAAACUCUCGUUAAUUUAAUGUUGAUUGAACGUUUUAGUUCUGGAAAAAAAUUACAUAAAGCAGGAUCUUUAAAUUACUGUUAAUUUCAGAAUAAAAUCCUGCGUUGAUUUAGAAAACAAACGUGUUCCUGCUGUUCUUCUUCUCUGGAGUCGGGAGGAGUUUGUUUCGCCAUCCCUACACUUUUCUCAUCCUGUAAACACAAAGAAGAACAAAAUGUUUUUGUCGACGCUCGCACAUCGAGGUGUUAAUACAGCUGCUGUGUGUGUGUUUGUGUGCUUGUGUGUUUCCCUCCGUCCUGUGACAUUGAGAGCUUCAGAGCAGUUAAGGUGAAAAGACUUUAAAUCCUUUUUGCAUGAUUUGAAAAUGAGGUUUAGUGCCAUGAACUGAGCAAAGUUUAGCUCACAUGCUAACGGCUGCAGCGCCACCAAUAAUCAUAAUUUAAAAAAAAUUCAUAACAAAAAUAAGUUUAACGGGAAGUGAGUGAAUAUCUGCAGCAGGUGGAAAACGUCUGAGUUUGUCUUUGAGCCUCGAACAGAAAUGAGGGAAGUAGCACUGUGAAAACAAGAGAAGGUCAUGAUGCCGUCACCGAGCAGCAGACUCUUUAUUUUAUAUUAAAAUUAAAACAGAUGGAAUAAAGAGGAAAAUAUUUCCUGUCAUUGUAAAGUGCAGUAGUGGAUGACACGGAGGCGUGAACUCCGUCACAUGACUCUGACUGAUGGCUGUAGAAACACACAAUGACUCGUCUCCACUUCCUCCAGAAAAGAAGCUAAAAUAUCUUCGAUACAAACGCUGCCAUCUUGUGGUGAUGACGUCAUUUACAGUCGGAGUCGGUGCAGAAGGGACCGUGGAGUGGAGGUGUGGUAUCGAAGCCCCACCCCUAUACACUUUCAACCAAUCAGGAGUCAGUCUCAGCUGUCAAUCGAGAUGUGUCAGUCGAUGAUUUGGCUUCACUUUUUAAAAAGCGGUCAUGUCCUCCAUCUUUACAGUUUGUGGUUCAGCCCUGAAACUUUCUGUGUUAGAUUUGGUGACAUCCAGUGGUGAAGAUGCAAAGUGCAACCAGGUUGUUUCUUACAAGUAUGAGAUGUUUGUUGGAAUCGUUCACUGUGGAGCCGUGGAGCUCAAAAAGAAACGGGUCAGAGAAUCAAAGAUUAAACGAUCGGGAUUCGGGUAUCAGCACGUUGACUUUAAAGGAUCAGACUCAACCGCACAACAUCCUCUGCUGUCACUUCCUGUCUGUGAUGCAUCAUUUUUUAAUUUGUACUUUUGUUUUUUUAUCUAAUUUUAUUUUUAUUAAGGUUUUAACUUAAAUGUUUGUUCACCUUCACUUCAAGAGCCCUCAAAGGUUUUGCACUGACAAUAUUUUCAUUCAGUUUCCUGUGAAGGAUUUAUUCAAAGCUGAUUUCAAGUUUGAACGAGGCUUCAGAUCUGUUACGAUCUUUGUGUUUGACUUCCAAAUUGAGUUAAAUAAUAAAAGCAAUUUGAUCUUCAAGUUCUCUGACGGUUGCUCUGAUUGGGCCGUCCAGGUUGCUUGUCAGUCAUGUGACAGUCGUCAAGGUUCAGUUUAUCGAGUUGCUUUUUGUUUUGUUUGUUUUUCCAAACCAUGUGACCUGAACGACCCUGAGGUGACGUUAACAUAUUGGAGGAGAGACAAACGUUUUCAGAAAAUAAACUUGAUCCAAAGACUCUUUUAAUAAAUAUAUCCCCAGUUUGAAUCAGAAGAUAAAGGUGAAGGUGCAUCUUUGGUUUUAGUGACGGUGAGCUGGCGUCUGUGGGGAUGAGCUUUUCCCGGUCCAACGAAAUAGUCAGAGUUUUAUUCUGAAAUUAUAUUUCUGGAGCUCAUUUGAAUUAAUUUAAAAUAGAAAUGUAUGUGAACAGCAGAAGGAGCUCUUGGUUUCUGUUUCCCUCAUCGCUUGGAGCUUCGUGCAGAAACAUUUCAAUCAUCAGUGCUGUAACUCAAGUUUGUUUCUCUUUCUGUUGUUUUUACUUCCUGUUGUCUCUUUCAAAGUUGUACAGUUUGUCAAUGUGCAGAUCUUAUUAUGAUUCUUACUGUUGCUAUGACGAGUUUGUUGCAUGGUUUCUGUGACUGUUGGGUUUUGUAUUUUUAUUCUUUUAAAAUGUCUGUUUUUAACCUGCUGGCUUUUUCUUUUGCACUUUAUCCCUGAAAUGAAAGUUUGAAGGUCAAAGGUCAACAUUUGUCCACAUGUGAAAAAAUAAAAUGAACUUUUGCUCAUUUGUUCUUUGA